GUCUUUCCCCUUAUAUUACUUCUAAUAGGGUUUGAUUUCUGUCUAUCCUCGAACUCUAAUACACUUGCUUGGUUGAGAUGGACGAAGAGGGAUCUGAAUAUGAGAAGGGGCACAUUAAAAAGCUACAGGAGCAGCGCAUGUUCAUGCAGAAGAAGACAUUCACAAAGUGGAUGAACAACAUCUACGCACAGCACGGCAGCAUUCCGAUUGAGGACAUAUACAUCGAUCUGCAGGAUGGAAUAUACUUACUACGUCUACUGGAAUUCAUUUCAGGGGAGCCGUUGCCCAAGCCUGCUCGAGGAAAGAUGAGGGUGCACUUCUUAGAAAAUAACAGCAAGGCUCUAACUUUCCUUAAAUCCAAGGUGCCUGUCAAGUUAAUAGGCCCAGAGAAUAUUGUUGAUGGAGAUCGGACAUUAAUUUUGGGCCUUAUCUGGAUUAUCAUUCUCCGCUUCCAGAUUUCAUCCAUAACUCUAGACAAGGACGAGUUUGGUGCCAGCGCGGCCGUAGUAUCUGCCAAGGAAGCUCUGCUUAUUUGGUGUCAACGCAAAACAGCCACUUACUCCAAUGUGAACGUGCAGGACUUCUCCAGAAGCUGGCGUGAUGGACUGGCUUUCAAUGCUUUGAUUCACGCUCACAGGCCAGAUCUUAUAGAUUACCAUUCUCUUAAAUCCACCCAGUCACUGUACAAUCUGAACAAUGCCUUCAAUGUAGCGGACUCAAAGCUGGGGAUAUACAAGCUCCUUGACGCCGAGGAUGUGAUGAUCCCACAGCCUGAUGAAAAAUCCAUCAUGACGUAUGUGUCUUUAUAUUACCACUAUUUCUCCAAGAUGAAACAAGGUCAGACCGUACAGAAGAGAAUUGGCAAUUUUAUGUCCCUGGUUCUUGAAGUUGAGCAUCUGAAAAGCCAAUAUGAGUCCAUGAUAUCCGACCUGCUCCGAUGGAUACAGCAGAAAGUGGUGGAGUUAAACGACCGGCACUUCCCUAACACAAUAAAUGGGUUGCUGCAGCUCAUGCUCAACUUUAAGACCUUCCGUACAGUUGAGAAGCCUCCAAAGUACCAAGAAAAAGGUUUAAUUGAAGCCAGCUUCUUCAAUAUCCGCACCAAGCUUCGGGCCAACAAUAUGCGCUCAUAUUUUCCAUCUGAGGGCAAGUCGCUGAGUGAUGUGGAGAGGUACUGGACCUUCUUGGAAAAAGCAGAACAUGAGCGAGAGAAGGCUCUUCAAGUGGAAAUGAUGCGGCUUGAGCGGCUGGAACAGUUGGCUCAGACUUUCCAUAAGAAGGCCUUUCUUAGAGCAACAUACCUACAAGACAUGAGGCUGGUUAUUCAGCGUGAAGACUUCCAUCCAAACAACAUCAUUCAAGUGGAGGCUGCCACCAGAAAACUAGAAGCUGUUGAGACUGACGUCCUACCACGUGAACAGAGAUUCAGAUCUCUUGCAGAAGUUGCUGCCAUCCUAGAGAAAGAGAAUUAUUACAAAAAGGCAGAGAUUUUGAAAAAGCAACAGGAUAUUUCGCAGGGAUGGCGUGAACUUAUGGAGCUACUCAGAAAGCGCAAAGAUUUCUUAGGAGGCAAGAGACAUAUUCUCAUUCUGCUAAGGGACAUUGAUGGAAUUGUUGAUGAUCUGAAAGUCAUGCAGGAACUAGUUGGCUCUAAAGGCUAUGGAAAACAGUUGCUUGAAGUGGAGGAUCUCCUGCAGAAGCACAGCUUAUAUGAGUCACAGAUCUUGGCGUAUGGCGAAACAGUGGGGCAAAUCUUGAGCAGGGCAGAAGAGGUCAAACAGGGUAAAGUAGGCAGCGUGGAUGUCCUGCAGACCAAAGGGAGGAACCUACACCAGUUAUAUCAGAACCUGCUGUCCCUUUGCAAAUCCAGGCGGGCGAGGCUUGAGGAAAUGUUGAAACUCUAUGUAUUUUUCCGAGACUGCGGGGAAGAAGAGUCGUGGAUCCAUGAGAAAUGGCAGGUGCUUCAAAUGCUCAGUCCUGGAAGAGAUCUCAACCACAACACAGCAUCUUUUCAGAAGCACAAGGCUUUGGAAGCAGAGAUUUUUUCCCGGCAGUCAAUUUUGUCCAAGGUGGUGAGAAGUGGCAAAGAGUUAUGCCAACAGAGCCGCACGGAUCAAAUUGAAAUCCAAACGAGAAUUGAUAACAUCCAGAAACAAUGGCAACAAUUACAGGAGGAGGUGAAGAGCUGUAAAGUCCGGCUGGAAUUUGCUCUACUCAUCAAACAGUACUUUGCUGAUGCUGAUGAAGCUGACUCGUGGUUGAGGGAACACCUACCCCUUCUGGCCAGUAAGGACUAUGGAAAAGACGAAUCCAGUGCAGAGUCCAUACUACAGCGCCACCUGCGACUGGAGAAAGAAAUUGCUGCUUAUGCCAUGGAAGUCAGGCGUCUCAGUGACCAGGCGCAAACUGUGGCCGGCAAGGUACCACUCAUGCACCAGGAGAAGAAACCGUUAAUUGCAAUGGUAACGCAGGAGAAAAGCAGACCACUAAAAAGAAGCUACAUGUCAUCAGAAGCUGGGGGGGCCAAGCAAGAUCCUCAGAUGGAUCCAGAAAACAUCUUAGCUUCCCAAAAAAGGAUUGAAUCUUCUUAUGAAAACCUUCAGGAACUUGCUAAGAGAAGGAAAAGAGCACUGCAAGAAAUGGUCCGUCUCUAUCAGUUUUACAGCACAUGUGGUGAGUUCCAGUCCUGGAUGGACGACAAAGAAAAGAUCUUUCAAACAUUUCAGCCUAAUCCUGAUAAUGUUGAAGUAAUGCAGCAAAAAUAUGAGAAUUUCUUAACUGAUCUGGCAGCUGGGAAAGCUCGCCUUGAUGAGAUUACCAGUCAAGCUGAUGAAUUGGUAAGAAUAGCUCCCAACAUGAAGAACGAGAUCUUGAAGCACCAGAAGGCUAUCAGCAAUAGCUGGAAUCGGCUAGAGGUUUUGAAGGACGAGAAGGGCUCAGAACUGAUCGGUUUGGCUGACGUGAAGACUUUUCUCCAGAACUGUCAGAAUAUGGAAGUCCUGAUGCAAGAGAAGUUGCAAGAACUGCAGGGUUCUCAUCCAGGGAAUACAUCUGGAAAUCUGGACUUAGAAGAACGUGAACUUGGCGCUCAUGAAAGAGACAUCCAAGUAUUGGAGAGGAAAAUUGCCUACUUGAAGAGUGUGGAGGAAUCGAUCAGACAUACAAAUCCUCAAGAGAGUUUAGCCAUCAGGAAGCAAGUUGAAGACAUGGAGAAGCUUCUUGGGAAACUUAAGCUUGAAGCCAGUGAAAAGAAGAGAACAUUAAAGGAGGCUAAAGAUCAGAAAUUGUUUUUGCAAGAAAGCCGUAGGCAACUUCUCUGGGUGAAGGACAUGAGAGAAAAACUGAAGAGUGAAGAAAUGGGCACUGAUGUGGCAUCCGCUGAACAACUUCUCAGAGACCAUCAGUACUUACUUAAAGAGAUUCAAGGCCAGAGAAACAGAAUCCUUGAACUCCAAGAACUGGGGCAAACAGCAUUGCAAUAUAAAUCCAGUAGCACCCAAGACGUGAGGGAUACCUUGUUGAACCUCGCUCAGGAGUACAAUACCCUGAGCGAUCUCUGGGUAGAAAGGAAGGAUAAACUUGUACAGGGUUUAGAGCUUCAGCAGUUCAAUAGAGAAGCUGAUAGCAUCAACGCCUCCCUUUCAAGCCAUGAAGCUUUCCUGCGGGUGGAUGACCUUGGAGACCAGCUUGACACUGUCCAAAGCCUGCUAAACAGACAUCAGCAAUUCGUAAAACUGCUUGCUGCAUUGAAGGGUCGUGUGGAUAGCCUCCGAGACCAUGGGGAGAGUCUGAUACAGAAUGAACACUUUGCCAGCAGCUUAAUAAAGCAAAGAAUCUACGAUACACAGAAAAAAAUGCAACACAUUGACCAAAAAAGUGACCGAAGACAAACAAGUCUUGUGGAUUCAUUAAGACUUCAGGAAUUUAACCGAGAUGCUACAGAAAUGCUGAUGUGGAUGGAAGAAAAGUAUAAGAUUGCCCUUGAUGAAUCAUAUCGAGACCCAAAUAAUAUUCUCCGAAAACUAAAGUGGCAUGAGGCUGCGGAGAAAGAGAUGGAAGCAAACCAGGUCCGCUAUGAGGAUCUAGUAAAGGUCGGAAGGCAGCUGGUGAGAGAGGAUCACUAUGCCAAGCAGCCCAUUCAAGAGACAUUGAUGGGGGUGACCAGGAAGUGGGAAGAUUUAAACAGGAAGAUGUCUGAGAGAGGCGACAAGCUAAGGCAAGCUGGUCAGCAGGAACAGCUCAUGGAACUUUUACAGGAUGCAAAAGUAAAGAUUGAGAAAAUUGAGAAAGUCCUACAAGCACCAGAGUCUGGCCAUGACCUAAGGACAAGCCGGGACUUACUAAAGGAGCAUCAUCAGCUGGAGAACGAGACCCAGGCAUUGGCUGACAAAAUGAACUCAAUUGUCUCCCAUGCCCAGAAGAUGGCCACCAACCACUUCAAUUCACGAGAAAUAAUGGAUGAGACAAUGAAGUAUCUUAGAAGGUUUGAAUCCCUGCAAGAACCCUUGGCAAAAAGGCGCCAGUUCCUGCAAGCUAAGGUGAAUCAGUAUGAGUUUUAUCAUUACUAUGACUUGGAGAGGACGUGGAUAGCAGAAAGAAUGCCAAGUGCCAGCUCUUCUCACUGUGGAAAGUCUUUGGAUGUUGCACAAAGCUUACUCCAGAAGCACAAGGAGUUACAAGCUGAGGUAAAUGCCCACACGCAGCAGCUGCAGAGAGUCCUAGAAAUGGGGAAAGGAUUAAUUGACAGCAAACAUCCAGAAUCCCGACACAUAGCUGAGAAAAAUGACCAACUUCAUCAUGCCUGGUUGCAACUGGAGAAGACCUGUGAGGAACGGAUGAUGAAAUUGCAGAACGCUGUCAAAUUUCAACAGUUCCUUCUUGAUGUGGCAGAGAUGGAGAACUGGAUUGUCGAAAAAGUUCCGGUGGUAAACAGUAAAGACUAUGGUAAAGAGGAGGCUGUGACCUUGAAACUGAUGAAGAAGCACGAGGGCUUGCAACAGGAGAUUGAGCUGUAUCGGACCCUGGCAGAGGAGCUGGAGCACACAGGACAGAAUCUGCCUUUGUCUGUUGGGUAUGAUGAGGUCGAUUCGCCUGUGGGAAGAAUCCAUACACAGCUUAAAGAUCUGGAGGACCGCGCCACUGUGAGAUGGGGAAAGCUGAAAGAGGCCUUGGCUCUGCAUGAAUACCUAAGAGAGUCCAGUGAGCUGCUGGAAUGGAUCGGCCAGCAGAGGCAGACUGCGAGCUCAGAGGACUAUGGCAGUAAUUACGAGCAAGUCUUGCAUUUGCAGGCAAAAUUUGACACCUUCCAGCACCAGAUGGACACAGCUGGCCAGAGGAUAACUGCGUGUCAGCAGCUUGCAGACAACCUGCUGGACAAUGGACAUCCAGAGUCAAUGCUGAUUAUUCAGAGGCAGAAGGAGUUGCGAUCCUCUUGGGAAGAACUUCAAGACAUAACAAAAGAAAGAGGGAAACGUCUCUGGGAUGCUGAAACUGUACAUAAAUGUUACUGGGAUCUGAAUGAAGCCCUCACUCACAUAGAGGAAAAAUCCAAAAGUGUUCCCGAUGACUUUGCCAAAGACCUCAGCGGUGUCCAGUCCCAGCUGCGCAAACACGAAGCUCUGGAACAUGAGUUGUCUGGGAAUGAACAGCAGCUGCAAGAGGUCAUCGAUGCAGCAGAUGAAGCCCUACAAAAGUGCAAAGAGAACCAGAGUUUGAGAAUGCAGCAAAAGCAGCAGGAAGUGGUGGAGAGGUGGGAAACGCUGAAAACCAAAGUGGAGAGCAGGAGGAUGCACCUGGAGCAGGCCUGCAAACUCUACCUCUUCUUGGCAGCUGUGCGUGACUACUACUCUUGGGCUGCCGAGAUAACCCGUGAGAUGAAGGCUGAAGAGACUAUCCGUGGGGUGCUAGCCAGCAGCGAGAAGCUGAAAGCACACCAAGAUCUCAAGCAGCAGAUUGAAGCACACCAGGAGACUUACAACCGGGCAGUGGCCAUAGGAGAAUCCCUUCUUCACGACAGGAAAGUCCCUGCUGCACAGACACAAGAGAAGCUACAGGCUCUGGAAGAAGAAAACAAAAAGCUCUACCAGCAAUGGGAACUAAAGAGAAAGUUAUUGGAACUGGUGCACCUAGAACAGUUAUUUUAUCGAGAUAUCGAUCACAUGGAGAAGAUCCUUAAUUCUCAAGAGGUUUCUUUGAAGUCAAGCGACCUUGGCACCUCAGCUGGAGAAAUUGAACAGCUGAUCAAAAAACAUGAAGCUUUUGAGAAAAUUCUUGGAUCCCAAGAAGAAAAGGUGAUUUCCUUGCAACACCAGGCAACAAAGCUUCUGGAGGACAAUAAGAAACUUGAGAGUAGACAGAUACAAUACAAGCUCAAUUCAGUCCUAGAGAGAAGGAAGAAAGUUAAAGGUUUAAGCCAAGCCCGGCGGGAAGAGCUUAAUACGGCACUUCUGCUGGCUCUCUUCAACCAGAACCUCAUGGAGGCACAUUACUGGAUCAAUGAGCGUAUGCAGAUGUUGGAUGACAACACUCACCAAAGCCUGACAGACUUGCAGAGUAAGCUUAAGCUGCUGCAGAAGCACCAGGUGUUUGAGGCAGAGAUCCUGGCUCAUGAGAAGAUCAUCCAGGACGUGACUGAGAAGGGAAACACACUGCUUUCCCAGAAACACUCUAAGUCAACGGAGAUCCGGGAGAAGAUUCGCACACUGUUUGACGCAUGGGAAAAACUUAAGAAGGCAGUUGCAGCUCGCGGGAAAAUGUUAGAGGAAAAAAGAGACUUCUUGGAGUUCCUUCAGAAAGUAGAUCAAGUGGAAGCUUGGAUCAGAGAGAAGGAAGUAAUGAUUAAUGUUGGAGAUUUGGGUGAGGAUUAUGAGCACUGCCUGCAGCUAACGAGGAAGCUGAAUGAGUUUCGGGGAGCUGGAUCUGGUGAAGUGACUGUGGACGAUGCCCACAUAAAGGCCAUCAAUGCUUUAGCAAUAAAACUCGAGAGGCAAAACCAGGAAGAGGCGAAAACUAUAAAUCAGCGUCGCCAGCAGCUGAAUGAGAAGUGGAACAGUUUUCAUGGUGAUCUAAACAGAUACCGCCGGGCAUUAGAGGGAGCCAUGGAAAUUCACACCUUGAUCCGUGAAAUUGAUGACGUUAAUGAGAGAAUCAGCGAAAAGAGUGUGCUCAUGCAAGCCUUGGACUAUGGGAAGGAUGUGGAGAGUGUUGCAAACUUAAUCCGGAGACAUGAAGAAACCCUACGUGAGAUUAAUGUUAUUCAAUCCCAGAAAGAGUCCCUGCAUCAGGAAGCCAGCCGUCUGUCCAGAGGAAAUUCAUCCAUGAGCAAAUAUCUGACCUCGAAGCAAAAAGAGAUGGAAGACAACUGGCAAAGGCUCCAGAUACAGGCCAUGGAAAGGAAGGAGAAAUUGGAUGCCUCUUACCAACUACAAAGGUUCAACUCUGAUAUCCGAGAGAUAAUGGACUGGAUGCAAAAACUCCAAGCCCUGAUGGAAGGAAGUGGCUUGCCAAAAAUUCUCGGUGAUGUGCAAGCCAGGAUUGAAGAGCACCAGGAAAGAAAGGCAGAGAUAGAGACCCGGAGUGAACGGUACAAUUCUGUGAAGAGCACCGGACAGAAUCUUACUAACUCAGGACAUUACGCUUCUGAUGAAAUCUGUCUUUCACUGUCCACACUCGAAGAGGUCUGGUCUGCGCUUGUUAAAACUUGGAGAGAACAGAACGUGAGGUUGUGUCAAGCACGUGAUCUGCAGACAUUUUUUAGCAUUUUGGACCACAUUGAAAGCUGGCUCAACAGUAAAGAGGCUUUCUUGGCCAACGAGGAUCUAGGGGAUUCUUUAGCCAGUGUUGAAAGCCUCCAGCACAAGCAUGAGAAGUUUCAGAAAGCUCUUGAUGCACAGAUGGAUAAAAUCGAUGAGAUGGAAUCAUUUGCCAAAGAACUGCGUCAGAAUCAUCACUAUGACUCUGAAAAUAUUGGUUCCAAGUGUCACACCGUGCUGGAGAGGAAAAAGAAGCUUUUACAGACGGCUGAAAACCGUAAGAGGAAGCUGGAGGAGUCCCGACAGCUACAGAAAUUCCUCAGGAGCUCGUAUGAGGUUGGUUCUUGGAUGCUAGAGAGAAACAGCAUUGCUCUAGACGACAGCUGGCGAGACCCCAGCAACCUGCAGACCAAGUUACAGAAGCAUCAGACUUUCGAAGCAGAGAUUAAAGCAAAUCGGAACCGUCUGGACAGUAUUAAGGGUGACGGGGAAGAUAUGUUGGAGUCUGAUCAUUAUGCCUCUGACAUCAUCCGCAUGAGACUUAAAGAAAUGGAAGAGCUGUGGGAGGAACUUCUUGAGAAGUGCAAGGAAAAGGCAACUAAACUGCAUGAUGCUUACAAGGCGCUUCAGUUCCAGAAGAACCUGGAAGAUAUUGAGAAAUGGUUGGAUCAAGUGGAGGCCAGACUAGACACAGUGGAUAAGGGAAAAGAUGCCAUGACACUAGAAAAACUCGGAGAAUUGGAAGAGGACAUCUCCAGCUAUGGGGAGAGACUGCAGGUUCUAAUGGAUAAGGCUGGUGCAUUUCGGCAAGAGGGACACUUUUUGGCUGAUGAGAUAGAAGACAGGGUUAGGAUUAUAAUACAUAGGUACAGAAGCCUUAAUGAGCCAUUACAGGAGUGCAGGGCUGUUCUAGAAGCCUGGAAGUUGCUGGAUCAGUUUUUCAGGGAUAUCGAUGACGAACUUGCAUGGAUACAAGAGAAGCAGCCCCUAGCUUCAUCUAAAGAACAUGGCCAGUCGUUGACCACUGUGCAAGCUUUGCUAGAAAAACAUCAGAAUUUAGAGAACGAGAUUAGCAACCGAGAAGCUUUGACUAAAGCUGUGAUGGCUACAGGGCGCAAACUUGUGAGGGGCAACCAUUUUGCAAGUCGUGAGAUUGAAGAUCGCUUGCAGCAGCUGGAAGUGGCUGCUGAAUUCUUGAAAGCAGAAGCUGAUCGGAGAGGGAAGAGACUCACGCAAGCUUAUGAGGCUCAUCAGUACCUUACAGAGCUCUUGGAGGCCGAAGCAUGGAUGGCUGAUAGAGGGUUUGUAAUAAAGUCAAACGAUACUGGAAAGAACGUAGAGUCUACCCAAAUUCUGCUUCGAAAGUUGGAUACCACCAUCCGAGACCUUGAGGGCUUUCAGCCAAGAAUAAAUAAACUUAAGGAUACAGGAAAAACCCUGCAGAACGACAGCGACAAUUCAGAGAGCUCAACAGUAAUCCCGAAGCUCCAGUCUGUAGUGGAGGAAUACCACCGUCUCCUAGACCAAGCUGAGACCCGGCGGGUUCUACUCUUAGAGCAGCAUCAGCUUUUCCAGUUUCACAAGGAAGCUGAUCUGGUCGAGACAUGGCUAAACCUCAAAAUGACUGCAGCUGAAUCACGGGACUUUGGUCAAGAUCUAGAAGACAUCAAGGUGUUAGAAAAACAAUUUGAAAAUUUUGUGAAGGAAAUGGAGACGCUAGGUCGGGGCAAGGUGGUCAGUUUAAAUGAGCUGGCCACCAGUCUCUUGAACGAGUCGCAUAGGCUGGGCAAAGCAAUCCAGACAAGAACCGAGGAUGUUAACAAGACAUGGGGAGCACUUUGUCACGCCACUGAAACCAGAGCCAAGAUUUUAGCUACCGCUCACCAAGUUCAUCAGUUUGACCAUGACGUUGAUGAACUGCAGAGUUGGAUGCAGGAAAAAGAAGUAGCUGUUGAUACAGAUGACUAUGGCUAUGAUCUUCCAGGACUGCAGACCCUACUUAGCCAGCAUGAAGGUUUUGAACGGGAUCUUGCAGCCAUUAAGAAGGAGGUGGAGAGGAUCAUAGAGAUGGGACAUUACAUCGUCGAGCUUCACCCCCCAGUCCAAAGGAAUGUAGCAGAGAGACUGGAAGAAGUGACCCAGUACUGGGGGAGUCUGUACAGGAUGUCCCAGGGCAGGAAAGAGAAGCUUUGCCAAGCAGAGCAAGUCCACAAAUAUUUUGGUGAUUGCAGGGAGCUAAUAGCUUGGGCAAAAGAGAUGCACGCACUGGUGGUAUCAGAGGAGCUGGCAUACGAUGUUGCUGGAGCUGAAUUGUUGAUCAAACGGCAUGCAGAAUACAAGAGAGAGAUUGAUAAACACUGGACGAAAUACGAGGAACUAACAAACACCGGAAAAACAUUGAUGAACCAGGGGCACUUUAUGUCUGUAGAGAUAGCAGAAAAAGUCUAUGAAAUGUCUAAACUGAUGAACGAUAUGUCUGAGAGCUGGAAGAAACGGAAGGAAAUCUAUGAAGAGAACUUGGAGAUCCAGCUGCUACGGAGAGAUAUUGAAGUGGCUGAUGGGUGGCUUAGCACUCGGGAACCAUAUCUUCUAGAUCCAAACUAUGGGAACUCUUUGUCAAACGUUGAAGAGCUUCUGAAGGUGCAGGAAGAUUUUGAGAAGAUGUUGGCUGCUCAAGAAGAAAAGUUUGCUCUGCUGAGGAGGAAAACCAAAACAGAACAAAAUUUACUUAGACAACUCGACACAGAAGAAAAGGAACAAAAGAAACCAGAAAUCUUCAUGAAGUUGCCUUCACUUAGGAGGAAACCUUCCGACAGAAAACCAUUCGCUCCAAGGCUGCCAGAGCGGAGUAGUGUAAAGGUCUCCAACCCCUCUAUGAAAUCUUCUGCAGAAAGUCUAAAUGCCACCAAAGAGAAGGCAAAAGAGACUGCUUUUGGUUGGCAGGAAGGUAUAGACACCAAAGCACAUGCAGAACAAAAUCAAGAUCAGACUCUUAGCAACCCAACGCUAAUGGGUCAGCAGUUUGCUUUCUUAGAGUCCAGUUCUUCUUUACCGCUGUCAUCAGAGGUCACUUGUCAGCAGUCCACUGUCACCAAAGGAGAUGCCUUCCAGAGCCACAAGCUAUCAGUUCAAGAGAAGCUUGAUAUUAAAACAUCAUUGAUAACUACGCCAGAGAUCAAAUUCCCUCCUCUAACUCCACUUAAAUUCCGUUCAACAAUUGACUCUACACAGAAGCCAGUUAUUUCCACAGAUACCACUGAGGUGACAGAUAAAGGUGUCUCGGGCUUCACGUCUCAGCCUUUACUGAAGAUUCAUGUGAAUUCACAAGAAGCGUCACCAUAUGUGCCAGUUACAACCACAGCAUCUCCCGUAGAACAGAACGGAAGUAUAUUGGACAUCAUUUCGCAACCUUUGCUUAGAAUUCAUGUGAGUUGUCCAGAUGUGCCGGCCAUUGCUGCGGAGACCACUGAGCAGAAGUGGAGCAGGGAUCUGGACAUUACUUCACAACCUUCAUUCAGAACUCAUGUGAGUUCUCCAGAUGUGUCAGCCCCUCAGGAGCCGGACACCAGCGUUCUGGAGCUCAUUUCUCAGCCUUUGCUUAAAAUUCACGUGCGGUCACCAGACAUCUCUUCAGGUAUACCAGAGGUAUCUCCACCGCCGUCUCAGCACAGCAGUGUCAUGCGGGUACAGUCCAAACUGGGACUCACCCAGAAUGGGCUGAAUCAGCUUUCUUCACAUACCUCAGUAUGUUACCUGAAUGGACUGGAGGAAAAGAGCAGCGGAAAGAAAUGGAGUCCCUCAUAUGACAGGAUAGUUAAUGGAUUUAUGGAGAUGCGGCAGAAGCUUCUGUCUGGGGGAAAGGAUAAUUCUGCAAGCUUCUGGAAUUCAUACUACGUGACACUCCGUGGACACAGCUUGAGCUUCUAUAAAGCCAAGAAGGAUGAACUCAAGAAUGAAACCGCAAUGCCCACAGUCAAUGUACAGGGUGCCAGCUGCGAGAGGGUGAAGACCUUUCCUGAUAAAGAAAACACCUUCAGUAUGAGGUUAUCAGAUGGUUCUGAAUACCUCUUCUCGGCUCCAUCCAUCAGGAAGAUGGAAGUCUGGAUUCAAGCUAUUGAGAAAACAACUGAUGACUUUAGUACCCAGACGAGGACGAUGUCUCCUUAUAUUCCAAUUAAUGAAAUUCCCAGGCGAACCUUGUCAUUUGAACCUGACACAAAUGGACAAACAUUUUCCGCUAGCAGAGUUCUCUUGAGUGUAGAGCAGAACAACGAAGAGGAAACAGAUGACGCAAAAGACAAACCCAAAAAGGAGAAAAAUGUUUUCAAAAAGUUUUUCUACAAGAAAUAGGUGGUAUAAUACUGUGAAAUUAUAUGGUAAAGCAUACCGUGGUAGAACUUGCACAAUAGAUUGCAUGAACUGUGUUUGUUUGUUAGACACAUUUUU